UGCUUUGCGGCGGCCUGGGCUGAGGAAGGCGGCCUUUCGUUGCUAAGGCCGCGCGUCCCUAGCAACGGGAGGCCUGAGCCAGGCGGAGUAGGCCCGAGGCGGGAGAAGGAGGCGGAGGAGGAGGAGGAGGCCGGCCGCGAUGGGGCAGGACUAUUACGCCAUCCUGGAGCUCACCCGCAGCGCCACCGAUGCCCAGAUCAAGAAGGCUUACCGGAAACUGGCGUUGAAGUACCACCCUUUUAAGAACGAUGCACCUUGGGCUCAGGAGAAGUUCAAGCAAAUCGCAGAAGCCUACGAUGUUUUGAGCGACCCGGUAAAGAAAGGAGUCUAUGAUAAAUUUGCGGAAGAAGGCCUUAAAGGAGGGAUUCCUCUGGAGUUUGGGAUUGACACCCCCUGGACAGAAGGCUAUGUAUUCCAUGGAAGGCCCGAGAAAGUCUUCCGGGAUUUCUUUGGAGGAGACAACCCUUUUGCUGAAUUCUACACGGCUGAAGGGGCAGAGGUGAACAUGGCCUUUGGGGGCCUGCGAGGGCGGGGAGUGAAGAAGCAAGACCCUCCCAUUGAGCGAGACCUCUACCUCUCCCUGGAAGACCUGUUCUAUGGGUGCACCAAAAAAAUCAAGAUUUCACGCAGGGUGAUGAAUGAAGAUGGCCACGCCUCCACCAUCAAAGACAAAAUCCUCACCAUUGAUGUCCAGCCGGGCUGGAAGCAAGGGACCAGGAUCACCUUUCCAGAAGAAGGGGACCAGGGCCCCAAUAUCAUCCCAGCAGACAUCAUCUUCAUCGUCAAGGAGAAGAUCCACCCCCGGUUCAAGCGAGACGAGGACAACCUGAUCUAUGUGGCCAAGAUCCCCCUGGGAAAGGCUCUGAUUGGCUGCACCAUUGACGUGAGCACACUGGACGAGCGCCUGCUCAACAUCCCCAUCAAUGACAUUGUCCA